AUGCACACACUCCAAGAGCUGCGCUCUGGCGCAUGUAAAGGGCUCCCCAAGCUCAAAUUGACUUGUCGGCUGGAUGAUUUUCCACCAGAGAUUCUCUCUCUUGGGCAAGACCUAGUGCAUCUGGACCUGUCAGGCACAGGCAUCUCCUCUCUUCCUUCUGACAUUGGCGCCCAGCUACCCAACCUCAAAAUCUUGUUCUUGUCGAACUGCAACUUCACAAACUUUCCCUCGGCCCUUGCAUCAUGUCCGUCUCUCUCGAUGGUCGCCUUCCGCGACAACAGCAUGACCUCAAUCCCUGAAAACUCACUACCGCCAAAGCUGAGGUGGCUCAUCCUAACGAACAACAAGAUUACGGCCUUGCCGAAGUCCAUUGGCUCCUGUGGUCAGUUGGAAAAGUGCAUGCUCGCGGGGAAUUUCCUUACCGCGCUGCCGGACGAGAUGGCGGGAUGCCAGAAGCUGACCCUUUUGCGCCUGUCGGCCAACCGAAUCGACCAGCUUCCUGACUGGCUUUUCCACCUCCCCAACCUCGCAUUUCUCUCCUUUGCCGGGAAUCCCUGCACAGAAUCGGCACGGACGACCAGCCGCGCCCGUCGCAACUCGGACAGCCUUCCACGGAUUCGCUGGUCCGACCUCACGACGCACGAGGUCCUGGGCGAGGGAGCCUCGGGCAUCAUCUCCAAGGCGACCUGGCGCCGGGAUGGCUCCGAGGAAGACGUGGCCGUGAAGUUGUUCCGUGGCUCGCUGACCAGCGACGGCACGCCAGUCGACGAGAUGCGGGCGUGCAUGUCUGCCGGGGCGCACGCCAACCUCGUCGACGUCCUGGGCCGCAUCCAUGGACAUCCAGACGAGGGCCGGAGCACUAGGGCCGGCGGGUUUCAGGGCGGGCUGGUCAUGCAGCUCAUCCCCCCGACGUACCGGACGCUGGGCAAGCCUCCGUCUUUGGAUAGCUGCACCAGGGAUUGCUACGACGCCUCGGACCCGCCGCUUUCGGCCGAGACUGCCGUAAAGAUCCUAGCGGGCGUGGCGGCCGCCACGAGGCACCUGCAUUCCAACGGAAUCUACCAUGGUGACCUGUACGCGCACAACAUCAUGGUUGACGACGAGGCGCGGGCCCUGCUGGGGGAUAUGGGGGCCGCAACAAUCUACGGGGAUGACGGGAGGUUCCCGUUGCUCGAGGGGCUCGAGGUGUUAGCUUUUGCCCACCUAGUCGAUGACGUGGGCGGGCUGAUGCGUGACUCCGACUCCGAGUCGGCCGGGGAGGUUCUAGAACGGCUCAAGGGGUUGCAUCGGCAGUGUUCGGUGUCCCAAGUUGCCGACAGACCAUCGUUUGGGAGCAUCCUCGAGACGUUGCAGGGUUUGUUGGUGUUGUUGCAAGGGUGA